UUCCCCCCCCCCCCCCCCAGCCUUUAAUUGCUGUGGGAAAGGCUGCUGUCUCUCCUCGGUGCUGAGACAUGGGAGUCAAGUGAGCAUCGAGAUGGGACAUGUGACUCCCACUUUGUUCAAUCGGGUCCUUCACGGACAAAACACGGUUGUCUGCGUGGCAGCAAACAUCUGGUGGCGGUGGCGGUGGCGGUGCGAAUGCAUGUGACCUCGUUAGCGAGGAGUUCGUAUCCAUCACCUUGCGCAUCAACUUUCCAAAAGCAGCAAGCAGAUGUGCGUCACCCGUAAUGACUGUUAUUACACUCAGAACGCAGCCCCCCCCCCCCCCAGCCUCCUCGAGGCCAAUCCAUGCGGUUUGUUUGUCCUUUGACCUUUGGCUAUAAAGUCAGGCAGGUAAGUAUAUGCUCCUGUCCGUGUCAAACCCAAAGAAUUAGAGACGUUCGGACACAAGCGGCAGCAUCCAGACACUCAGGCAGCAAGUUUGAGUGGAGUUAAUUAGAUCAGAACUUGUCUGGCAUGCUCGUUAUCCAAUUAUCACCCGCUGUCAACCAAUGGGGGGGGGGGCAGCGUUUCUAUUGGGUUAGCAUAGCUUGGCCCGGUUGGUGGAAACCAGCCAGCUGAAUUCUUUGCCAUCUUUUCUCACAAGAACGGUUGGCUAGCGUGUGGAGUCGAGGUGAUGUGCGACCAUGUGACCGACGGCAGUUAACGAGGCUCACGACACAGCGGGAGGUCAACAGAGACGUUAACCCCCGGACGCUCAGACUUCUCACGUUCCCUCGCUGCCUCAGACAUCGUUAUAGACGAACGCGCCACCGCUAAUGAGCUCUCCCCGAUCAGCCUUCGCCGUGUAAUUAGCGGCGUGCUCGGCACUUGGCCCACAGAUCGCGACUAAUGGAGUGAAGAAGGCAGAGAAGGAGCCAUUAAGGCAGGAUGUGGACUCCAGCUCGCCGUGCCAAACCUUCCAUGAAUCUUCUCCAUCAUCUCAUCGGUAGUUCGACUUCCUGUUGCUUAUGAGAAACAUGGCAGCAUCAUGCAAUGCAGGGCCCAGUUUGGUCAAAGGUCAAAGACGGCAGCGGCAGGGAUCUGCUGGAAGUGUGUGUGUGUGUGUGUUUGUGAUUUGUUCGUGAGUGUCACCUGUGUGUGUGAUGGGUGAUGAGGGGCGGAGUCACAUAAUGGCCACGGCGGGCAAGGUCAGUGAGGUGAUUGGUCGUAUGAUCGCUAUGAGGAGGGAGCCGGCGGGGUCAAGGUCGCCACUGAUGACUUCUGUGAUUCAUGCACACACCCCUCAGCACACAACAACCAGCAAAGGACGCUCCCAUUUCCAGCGGGCGGAGCUAAUUGGUCCAUCUGAUGACAUCCAGUCCAAAAUGCGGCACCAGGAGUGUGACAUUAUUUGUGCAACAUGUGUGCAUCAUCUGGUUUGCAAUAGCGUUGUGUCUUCAGGUGGAAAAGAGGCCAAAGGCCGUUAAAAGGCAGCUGUUGGCGGUGGAGGUCAGCGCUACAGCGGGACAGCUGGCGUCUAAUCACAGAGUGCGAGACCUUCAAGAGGCUCCCGCAUCUCCAGGGCUCUUCUGGAAGAAGACUCACAACACAACACUCCCCUAUUGCAACCAGCGAGCCAAUGAGGCAUCAACUCUGUCCUGGGGGACCCGGAUGAAAGGCUUUCUGAUCUGUUUUACUUUGGGAAUGCUGUGCUCCAUUCUGGGCACGUGUAUGCUGUGGUUGCCGCUGUUUGGUCUUACCGUUUUUGCCGUCCUCUACAGUGUGGGAAACAUGUGUGCUUUGGCCAGCACCAUGUUCCUGGUGGGACCGCUCAAGCAGUUGAAGAGCAUGUGCGCCAAAGAACGAGCGUUUGCCACCAUCAUUAUGCUGGUGUGUCUGGCUUUGACUUUGUGUUCAGCUUUCUGGUGGAGGAGCAAUAGUCUUGCACUGAUCUUCUGUGUCUUGCAAAUAGUGGCCUUCACCUGGUAUGGCCUUUCAUACAUGCCCUUGGCCAGAGACUGCAUCAUCAAAUUAUGUACCUUCUGCUGCUAAACGCCCAAGUGACCAUUCCGGGUGCUGCAAGUCGUCAGGUCAGGUGUUAGGUGGGGUUUCCGUGGUAACCGGAUGUCGCUGCGUGUGUGUGUCGUCGUCCAGAUAUUUAU